AAUCAGCACAGUUAAGUUUGUUUGUUGUGAAAUCUCUGUCUCACUGCUGCAGAAAUGGCAGAAGCAACUAUUCUAGUAGCGCAUGACCAGUUUAGCUGUCCAGUGUGUCUGGAGCUAUUGAAGGACCCGGUCGCUAUUCCAUGUGGACACAGUUACUGUAUGGGGUGUAUUAAGAACUGCUGGGAUCAGACUGAUCAUACAGGUGUCUACAGCUGCCCCCAGUGCAGAGAGACCUUUACCCCAAGGCCUGUUCUGCGCAGAAACAAUGUUCUGGCUGAAGUUGUGGAGAAAUUAAAGAAGACAGGACUCAAUCCUCCUCCUGCUCAAAGUUAUGCUGGACCUGGAGAUGUGCCGUGUGAUUUCUGCACUGGGAGAAAGUUCAAAGCUGUGAAAUCCUGUUUGACGUGCCUGGCCUCUUUCUGUGAAACACACGUCAAUCCACACUAUGAGGGUGCUGCUUUCAAGAGGCACAAGCUGAUGAAUGCAAUAGGAAAUUUGGAGCAGAAGCUUUGUGCUGAACACCAAAAGGUUUUGGAGGUCUUCUGUAGAACGGAUCAGAUGUGUAUUUGCUGGUUGUGUACAGACGAGGAUCACAAGAGCCAUGAUACAGUCUCAGCUAAGAAAGAAAGGACAGGCAAACAGAAGCAGCUGGGAGAGACACAGACAGAAAUACAACAGAGAAUCCAGGAGAGAGUGAAAGUAGUGGAGGAGAUGAAACAGGCUGUGGAGUCACUGAAAAGAUCUGCAUGCAUAGAAAUAAAGGAAAGUGAGAAGAUCUUUACUGAGCUGAUCCGAUCGAUUGAGAAGAUCCACACUGAGGUUAUUGAGCUGAUUGGAGAUAACGAGAAAGUUGUAGUGAAUCAGGCUGAAGGACUCAUAAAGAAACUGGAGCAGGAGAUUGCUGAGUUAAGCAGGAGAAAUGCUGAGCUGAAACAGCUUUCAGAGACAGAGGAUCACAUCCAUUUUCUACAGAAUUUCCAGUCUCUCUGUGCCCCUCCUGAAGCUGGAGACUUACCCAGCGUUACUGUCAAUACAGGCAUCUCUUUUGGGGCUGUGAGGAAAGCUGUAUCUGACCUUAAAGACCAUAUUGAGGACUUCUGCAAGAGGGAAUUAGUCAAAAUAACUAAAACAGUGAAUGAAGUUGCAGUUGACAGUCUUCAGCCUCCAGAGCCAAGGAAAAGAGCUGAGCUUAUAAACUAUUCAUGUCAGCUCACACUGGACCCCAACACAGCAUAUAGAGAGAUUUGUCUGUCUGAAGGGAACAGAAAGGUGACAUGGGGAGAGAUCCAGCGAUAUCCUGAUCACCCAGAGAGAUUUGACAGCUGGGAACAAGUGCUUUGCAGAGAGGGUUUGUCUGGGACUCGCUGUUACUGGGAGAUUGAGUGGAGUGGGGGAGGGGCUUUUAUAGGAGUCACAUAUAAAGGAAUCAACAGGAAAGGAGGGGAUGCUUCCUGUGGCCUUGGUUUCAAUGACAAGUCCUGGAGUUUGUACUGCUCUGGUUCGAGUUACACUGCCUGGCACAAUAACAAUCAAACUGCAAUAACUGCCCCCUGCUACCCCAGAAUAGGAGUGUAUCUGGACUUUAAUGCUGGCACUCUGUCAUUUUAUGGAGUCUCUGACACAAUGAUGCUCUUGCACAGAUUCAAAAACACAUUCACUGAGCCGCUCUAUCCUGGGUUUUGGAUUGGUUCUGAUUCCCCUGUAACAAUCUGCCAGCUGAAUUAGACUGUUUUGUAUUUUAAGAAAACCUUUGUAUUGAACUCCCUGUCUGUCCUCUCCACUACUUGGGGGAAUGUUCAAUCUAACACAACUUUGUAUGAAAGUUAGGGGGUAAAAUGGAGCCAUGUGCAGAGUGAAACAAGGUGAAUUAUUUGUUUUUACACUGGGGCUGAGGCAGUCUCAUUUUUACUGUUUAAUCUCGGUCAGGUUAGUGUUUUUGUAAUUGUAAACACUCACAACUGGACAGUUGUUUCAGCAUAAAAUGUUCAAUAAGUCCUGAGUAUUUAUUGAUUACAAACACAUAAAUAGCACCAAGUGGCAGACUUAGUUGGCAUCUCUGCACAGUGCUAAAAUUCCCACAGCAAGUACUGAUAAGUAUCUCGUAAGGUGAUUGUAGCUCACUAAAUAAUUCCAGAAUGUGUACCUAUAUUGCACUUCUAGUGGCUACAUAGGUCUCAAAUGUGCAGUUUUGAAAAACAGGACGGGCAAGAUUCUCAGAAAAACAUGUUCUUGUUUUGAAUGGGAUUUUGUCUAUCAAAUGGAUAUUUAUAGAUAUUUACAGUAUCUAUCUGAACUAUUUGGGAUUUAGGUAAAUCUGGCAAAUCUAUAAAUCCUGGGGCUUCAUACAUACCUUUAUACGGGCAAUUAAUGGGUAAAAGAUGCCUUUUCCUCAUGCUAUUUUUUCAUUAUUAUUCUUUUAUUGGAUUUCUGGGGGUGUUUGGUUAAUUACUCUAACAAGCACAUAAUUAGGUGCAUUUGGUCUACUCGUUAGGCAGUUUAACAUUUUUAUUGUAUUUUUAGUACUUAUUUUAACAAUAAUGUGAGUGAAAUAUCAUCACAAGAAAGAAGACAUUUCCAUGGAUCUCACAUGACUGAGAUUCUUUCCUGUAUUACACAGGAUGUGAAACAUUAUUUCGUUCAGUAUCAUGUAUUUUAUUGAACUUGUUUACUACAUAUUUGUACACUGUUACAAUCCACUGUCACCAUUAUAUUCUUACAUUACAUUGAAUCUACCUGGCUUCAUCUACUGCUUGAGGAGUAAUAAAUACUGAAGACUGCAACUUUAUUUCCUUGAAGAAACCCACAUUCCAAUGAAUUCAAACCAGCAAGGCAGUCUUAUUAAACCCUGAUUGAGAUUGGUGACAGCAAUCCUGCUAUCAUAUCUGUGAUCUGACAGGAGACUGAUACUAAUAGAUGUGUUGUUUCUAAUCACACAGUACAUAUAUCCAAUAGGUUUAAUAAACAAUACUGUACUUUAUUUUUAUUAGCUUGUUUGUCUCAGAUGAAAUCUAGAUUCCAAGGGUCUGUGUUUGAGUGUAUGUAUGUGUGCAUGUGUGUAUGCAAUUGUGAAUGUAUGUAUGUGUAUGUAUGUAUAAAUGUGUGUAUAUAUGUGUGUAAGUGAAGUCAGGUGUGUAUUGUGAGACUGGGGGGAGGAAGAGAAAUAAAAGGUAGUGCAGGAGGAGUUACAAAAGACUACAUCCCCCAGAUUGCCACAGGAGGGAGCCAGGAUGAGUCACCUGGCUCCAAUCUGUAAUAAUUAUCAGUUAUGCAAUUAGCAGGCAGGUAUAUAUCUUGUAACAAUUGUAAGUUGCCCUGGAUGAGGGCGUCUGCUAAUAAAUAAAUAAUAAUAAUAAAAUAUAAGACAGGACUAAUGUUUGUUCAGGGCAGUCUCCAGUCUGUGUGAAGCAAGGCUGACUCGAAGAAGAAACCUGUGUUAAAAAGGUAGAAUGAAGACCUUUUUGUUGUGUGUUUAGUUCAGAAAAUUUUGUGUUAAAGUGUUGUUUUGACUGGUAAUUGGCUUAGCCGUCCAAUGGUGAGUAAGGGAAUUGAUGGAAAGUGUUUAGUGAGUGCUCCAAAAUGGAGUUAGAAUUUGUUUUCUGUUUGUUUUAUUUUCCAAUAUUUCUGUACAAUUUAAUAAAUCCUGCACAAAAGUGCUGAAAACUUUUAAA